CUAGUUGUUAUUCUAAAAUAUUAUUUGUUCAUGUAGAAGUGGACUAUUGUACUUUAUGAUUAUGAUGAUUUAAUUAUCGACCAGAAAUCAAAUACGUAAUCAAUGUUUGGGUUAAAGUAAAGAACAUGUCUCCUUUGAACUUGAAACCAAAGAACAAAGGGAAUCAGAGGAAGAGAAAUGACUGGUAACUGAACGUAUUCUUGUGAAAGCAAUUCUUAUUUUUUCCCAACUAAAUAUUACAGAUUUUGUAUAUUAGUUUUUGAUAUACAGAGUAAAAACAAAAAAAAAAAAAAAGAGAACUGUGGCAAUGGAACUGCACGUGUAGUGAAUAUGAAUCGCUGGAUCAUGUCGCUUUGUGUUUGUGUGGCCACUGCGGUAGGACCGUGCGUUUGGCAUUUUUCUUAGAUCGGUUUCAAGUCUCAUUUCCCAAAGUACAUAUAGGUUGCUGCUAUAACUACAGAGAGUAUAGUGUGAGAUUAGAUCAUCCAUCGUAGUCACUCGGAUCUUUUGUUAGACACCGCGAUUGGAAUUACUAUAACAAGUUUUGUUUUUUCUAUUCAAAUAAAAUUUCCAAUAAAUUUUCAUUCUACAUAGAUUGAAGUUAUCCAACAAUCAUCAAACUAAGAACAAAAUUGUAUAAGUAUUUAAUUUUUUUAAUACAAAUUAUAGAAAUGUUUUAUUGAUGAAUAUUAAAAUUGUUAAUAGAUUUUGUUCUCUAUAUUCAAUUAUUUCCAGUAUUUUUUAAAUUUAAAAUGGAUAUUAAUUAAUCGUCUAAGAAUACAAUUAUUAAUUAUUCAUAUGAGUUUUAUACACAAAAUUGUAUUUAUAUGUAAAUUUGCAAAUAUAAAUACAAAAUUUGACAAAAAAUACAAAAUUAGAUAAAUACUUUAUUAAAUAAUAUAAAGAUAAUUAACUUUUUGUUCUUCUUAUCUUCCCCUAAGCUUUAGCGUAGACCAAAGAAGACCAGAGAGUUUCGGACAGAAAGAUCUCAAAUCAGACAACUUAAUUUUUAAUCUUCUUACACCCCAACGUUGUUUGACUUCCAAAAGAAAAAUCUCCAGAUAGAUUCCGACCGGAUAAAUCCUCUUCCUUUCAGAUCUCCUAACUCAAAUUAGAUCUGCUGUGGUAAUGGCGGUUACUUCCUGAUCUCAGAGAAGCAAAAGAAAGAAAGAAGAAGACCCAUCUCCUACCCUUGGUUGCACUCUUUAAUGGCCGGGCUUCAAAAAGGCAAGUCCUUUCUCUUCUGUCUCUCCUUCUUUGUCUCGUGUAGCUUGCUUUUCCUUUCGCCGAUUGUAACCGCUUCCGAGUCUGAUCCGCCUCCGUACGAGCACUCUGAUGCUUCUCAUGGAGUCGUGACCGUCAGCGAAUCCGACAGGCAAGGUGUUGCAUUGCAUAGGCUCGAGGAGCUUGUUAGGAAUCUAACGGAAGUAGUAGCUAGAUUAGACGCUAAGUUAUCUGAAACCUCUUCUAAGGAGAAGAACGAGAUCAGUAGUAAUGGGGUUAAAGAGGAGAAAGCUAAGAAGGCCUUUUCAGUGACAAAGUACAGUCCUUUCUGGUCCGAGAGAUUCGAGUUCACCUCCGCCGUGAAGCUCAACUCCGAGGCAACGUGCAUCAACGUGUUGCCCUUUAGAGACCACGAAGGUUUAAGCAAGUACUUCGUCGUUGGAGACUCGAGUGGUAACCUCUACGUGUUCUUGAGAAACGGCGACGUUUUGGUCGAGUUUUUCACCAACUGUGAUUCACCGAUCACUGCGAUGGUUUCUUACUUGUCCGUGUAUAAGAACGAAAGCUUUGUGGUGACGGGGCAUCAAAGCGGAGCCGUUUUGUUGCAUAGACUCAGAGAAGGCUCUAUGGGAGACGAUUUUAGUUCAGCUGUGAUGGAGAGUGUUGGCAAGUUCGAUGGCACGGAGGAUGGUCUGGAAGUGACGUUACUAGAAGUGCAUCACGUGGGUCGUGUUAGGUACAUAUUAGCAACUGAUCUCACCGGAAAGCUAACAGUUUUCACCGAGAACAGAACCGUUCACGGGUCCGUUACUCCUACAAGUAGACCUCUCGUCUUCUUGAAGCAGAGGCUGUUGUUUCUCACCGAGACCGGCGCUGGUUCGCUAGACUUGAGAAGCAUGAAGAUCAGAGAAUCAGACUGCGAAGGCUUGAACAGCUCUCUAGCGAGAACGUACGUUUUCGAUGCUUCCGAGCGGUCUAAAGCCUACGGAUUCACGUCAGAAGGCGAAGUCAUCCACGUGUUGCUUCUCGGCGACGUAACGAACUUCAAAUGUAGAGUGAGGUCAAAGAAUAAGGUUCAGAUACAAGAGCCUGUAGCGUUACAAGCCAUCAAAGGCUAUCUUGUGCUAGUCAGCGAAGAGAAAGUGUUUGUAUACAAUGUAUCGACUCAACACUACGUGAGAACAACGGGUCCUCGUCUUCUCUUCCCUGCUGCGUUAGAAGAUCUCAAGUCAACGUUCUUGACCCAUCAAUCUAAAACGAGUCCCCAAAACUUUAAGGUUACUACUCCUUUGAUAGCAAGCGACCGUGAGAAGCUUCUUGUGAUGAGUUUAGGCGAAGGGUACGUAGCUACAUACAAAUCAAAGCUUCAGAGUUCCAAAGGAGAACUCAACACGAUGCUAUGGAGCAGUCCUGUCUUCUUCUUUCUACUGUUUUUAUUCGGGGCGUGGCAUUUCUUUGCUAAGAAGAAAGAGUCUCUCACAGCUUGGGGACCUGACGAUCCUUUCACAUCUUCCUCUUCUUCUGCUUCUUUCUCUGAGCCAUCUAGGAGAAACAAUGAUGAUCUCAUGGAUCUUAGGAGAAGAUAUGUUUCUCCAUCUCGGUACCCUCCUGGAGCUGCAGCUGGUACUUAUAGGUCGGUUGCCUCUAAUGACCCGACCACGAGAGGUUCGGUUGAUAGUACAAACUAUAGAGCAACAGGGCAGGGGAUGAAGUAUCGUGGUGUGACAGGGCUUGAUUCUUCAGGUGGUGGUGGGUUUGGUAAUAGAAGAGAGAGUUUGUUUGGUAAUAAUAACAAAGCUUUAGACAACGAAAGUUAAGGGCCUUUUUUAACGUUUUGCCACUUUUUUUUUGUUACCGGUUAACGCUUGAAGUUUUUUUUGUAUUUUGUAACACUCCGGCGAGAAAAAAUAAAUGUUUUACCGGUAGCUUUUGUUUCUCCGGACACUUCUUGUUUAGUCAAACUCUUGUAGAUUUGAAUCGUUAUGUAAUUUUUUCUUGUGGUCAAGAUCAGGAUCAGACUGAAAAUGAUACAUUUUUUAAUAUAUAUAUUAUAGUGUUUCAAGA